CGAGGUGUCGGUCGGCUGGGCAGCAGCCCUAGCAGGGGGCGGGGGCGUUGGUCAUGUUUCCCUUCGGGCCCCAUAGCCCUGGAGGGGAAGGGGCAGCCGGGGCUGAGGAGCCGACGACCCGCAGGGGACAGGCGGCAACUGUUGGGCCGCCCUCUCCCCCGUCCCCCACGCCACAGCCCAGGGCUGAUGCAGCCCCUCCCCCGCCGGCCGCCCGGAACCCUCGCCGACCCGGCGCCCCCUCGCUGCCCCCGGCCGCGCGCGUCGGAGAGCUCGGGCCGCCUGGAGCUCCGAAGUCCUCGGCUGCCUCCGCCCAGGGAGAGCCGUCACCGCCCUCCUCCCCGCGCCGGCGGCCCGGCCAGGACUGCAGGGCCGGAAGUCGGGGCCGGUAUGGCCUCAGCGGGGGCCUGGGCGGCCCUGGCGCCAGGCUGUUCGGGUGGCUGAGAGAGCGCAGCCUGGGCCGCGGGCUGUUCGUGGACCCGGUGCGGGACAAUUUCCGCACCAUGACUAACCUUUAUGGUUCCAUCCACCCCGCGGACUCAGUGUACCUCAGCACCCGCACCCACGGUGCAGUCUUCAACCUCGAGUACUCGCCGGACGGGUCAGUGCUGACAGUUGCUUGUGAACAGACUGAAGUUCUGCUUUUUGACCCUAUAUCUUCAAAGCACAUAAAAACACUUUCUGAAGCUCAUGAAGACUGUGUAAAUAAUAUCAGAUUUCUUGAUAACCGGCUGUUCGCUACCUGCUCUGAUGACACUACAAUAGCACUAUGGGAUCUGAGAAAAUUGAACACCAAAGUAUGCACUUUACAUGGUCACACUAGCUGGGUGAAGAACAUCGAAUAUGAUACUAAUACAAGACUCUUAGUAACAUCAGGAUUUGAUGGAAAUGUCAUUAUUUGGGACACUAACAGGUGUACAGAAGAUGGGUGUCCACAUAAGAAAUUCUUUCAUACACGUUUUCUCAUGCGAAUGAGAUUAACACCAGAUUGUUCCAAAAUGUUGAUCUCAACGUCCUCUGGAUACCUCUUGAUUUUGCAUGAUCUUGACUUAACCAAGUCUUUAGAAGUAGGCAGCUAUCCCAUUUUGAGGGCAAGAAGAACUACAUCAAGUUCAGAUUUGACCACUUCGUCCAGUUCAUCCGGUCCUAGAGUUUCUGGUUCACCUUGUCAUCAUAGUGAUUCUAAUUCAUCUUCUGAGAAGCUCAUGUCACGAGCCUCUCAAAGAGAAGGAGUGUCACCACGAAAUAGUCUUGAAGUCUUAACUCCUGAAGUUCCUGGUGAGAGAGACCGUGGAAACUGCAUCACAUCCCUACAGCUGCACCCAAAAGGCUGGGCCACUCUUCUGCGGUGCUCAAGCAACACUGAUGAUCAGGAGUGGACUUGUGUCUACGAAUUCCAAGAAGGAGCUCCAGUGCGACCUGUCUCACCUCGCUGUUCUCUACGACUGACUCAUUACAUUGAAGAAGCCAAUGUAGGCAGGGGUUAUAUCAAAGAACUUUGUUUCAGCCCUGAUGGGCGAAUGAUUUCUUCCCCACAUGGCUACGGGAUUCGUUUGUUGGGAUUUGACAAACAGUGCAGUGAACUUGUUGACUGUUUGCCCAAAGAAGCCAGUCCCCUGCGGGUGAUCCGUUCUCUGUACUCUCAUAAUGAUGUGGUACUGACAACAAAGUUCUCUCCAACACAUUGUCAGAUUGCCUCAGGGUGCCUUAGUGGACGGGUUUCUUUGUAUCAGCCAAAGUUUUAGGCACAACUUAUAUCAAAUAAGGAACAAUUCUGGUGUUUGACUAUAAACUACUUCAAUUUAAGUGAAGUAUUUGCUUUUUAGAAGAUCUUAUAAGUUUGGGUCAAGAUUCUGGUUCUUAUUGGUCCAUGAACACACCUGUGACCUGAGUACUUGGUCAUCCAGCAUCAUACAGACAUCUCCAAGUUAGACUCUAUGCAGCAUCAUCUUUCUCAGCAUUCCUCUGCUCCUGCUGACCUGUGCCACUGAACUCCAGGUUUUCUGGUUAUUUUGCAUGGUAGCUCUUAUCAAGUUCCUUCCUCCCUUCCUUCCUCUCUUCCUCCAUUCUUUUCUCUCUCCUCCCUUCCUCCCUUUUUGUUUUUUGAUUUUGGUAUGAAUUUUGUGGACAUAUAGCAGGAGUUUUGGUUGGGAUAGACAGACCCGUGACAUUAGUAUUGAAUAAAAUCCAGAAGUAUGAUGUUGGCAUACUGGUUAUUGAAAAAGAAAUUUCAUCUUUACUUAUCAGUAUACUUGGCCUUUUAAAGUUGCUGUUAACAUUUCUCUAUAUUGAGCACAAAUAAUGGUAUUAUUCUCGUAACUGUUAGAUAGUCUUGCAACAAAAUGUCUUAAAUUUCCUGUUAAAAUUAUACAGAUUUUUUUUCAUGAUGAGAGGGAUUUUGUGAAAUUCUAGAAAAAAUAUUACCUUCUCUCUUUGUAAUUUACUUGUAUGAAUUUAAAAUCUGUAGCAUGUGUCCUUACUUGGUAUUUUGUUUCUAUCAAUAGCAUUAGAAAGGAAAGGAGGAGGUGGAAUGGACUUUGGUCAUUUCUAUUGUACAGAAAAGGAUUUAUUUAUUAGAUUAGUACAAUGUCUGGCCACAGAGUGAUGAGAACAAUGUGACUUAGAUCUGUGUUUUCUCUACCAGAUUAUUUGAAUCACACAGGCUGAUGUGUUAACAGUAUUGCGGUCGAGGGGGAAUAGAGUAAAGGGGUGGUGUUUUACUCAUCUUUCUUCCUUAAGCCAGGUGUCACAAGCUGAACUUUCUUACCAUUAGUGAGGGAAGAACUGCAGUCCUCUUCAAGCUGUUGUCAUAAUUGUGGUAGUCAGUGACUUAGAUAUCAAGACUAAAUGUUGAUAAGAAGACCUUUUUUUGUGUUUUGUUAUGGAACACAAGAGGUUAAAAGCAUCAAGCUGGGGUCAAGUACAGGGCAACUGCUCUGUUGAAUAAGCAUGUUUCUUCCAGUCUCCUCCACAUUGAAUAGAAUUGUGUUUAGAAGGGGUUUGCCAAAGGCUGGAGUAAUUUAAGCCAUGUACUAGUCCUGCCCUCUUAGGUCCAUCCUCUUUAGGCCAGUGAUUCUCAAACAUUAGGGUGCAUUAUAAUCAUUGAGGAGCUUGUGAAAAAUGCAGAAACCUGGGCCUCACCCUAGGAAAUUCUGAUUCAGCCAGGGAGAAGACAAGAAUAUGUAUUUUUAACAGGAACCUGUUAUUGAGGUGGUCUCUGGAUCAUAGUUUGAAAAACACAACCUUAAACAGCAGUAAAUACUUCUAUAACCAUCUGGUGCUUAACAAAAUUCCCAGAAAGUGUUUUGAUUAUUUAAAAGUAAUAAUAUUAAGUGAACAAUUUUAAAGGUAGAAAAUAACUUGGAGUGGAAUCAGUUGCAUUAUUUGACAAAUGAGGGAAGUUAAGUGAUUUGCCUAAGGUCAUGCUGCAAACAAAGUUAGUGGCAGAACUAGUCUCCUAAUUCUUUGCUCAGGACAAUUUCUACUGUAUUAUGGUGACUCUUAAAAACAAUAACUUAUGAAAACUUUGUCUUUAAGUUGUAUUAUUGUGAAUACCCUUAAACUAGCCAAUAGACUGAAAAAGGAAAGCAUAGGAGUAGAUGCUGAGAAUUCCAGCCGUAAGAAAAGUAUUUUAAAUCUUACAGAAAUGUUUAAAUACAUGAAUAAAAUAGACAUUUCUUUGUAGGACCUACUGAACAGCCAUUCACACACAUAUACAAGGUUAUAUCUUAAUUGGAACAGUGUUUGGCUCCAGGACAAAUUUUAAAAUUAUAUCAUUUUACUAUGGAUGUUAAAAAAUUGAAAGCUUUCUAGUCAUUGAAAAAUUUAACAAAGCACAGUGAAAAUAUAGGCUUGCUGUGAACUUUGCAAAAAAUAUAUAUUUAAAAGAAAACAUAGUUUUGGAGGUAAAAACACCCAAACAAUGUUAUCAUUAAAAAUAAGGUUAAAUAUGUACAAUAAAAAAUAAGUAAGCUACCAAAUAUAAUGACCAUACUGAUAUUCAAAGGAAGAUUUUGUAAAUUCUAUCAACUUUGGAAAGAGUUCCAGAUCAGAUGCCGGGCCAACAUGUUGCCCAACUCUAAAUUUAGCCACCAAUUCUUUAACUACCAUAGAGUACUUAUUAUAUGUCAAAUAAUGUAUGUGCUUUACUACUAACCCUCACAAAAACCUUGCAAGGUAGGUGGAAUGAGCCCCAAUUUACUUUGGAGGUAAUGAUGGGUCAGAAAGAUUAAGUGACAUGCCUUAAGUCACAGAGUUGGCAGUGGGUGGCAGCACUAGAAUUCAAACCCACAUUUGUUUUUUUGUUUAUUUUAGUCCAAAGUCUCUGCUUACUACUCUACCAUUUUGCCCUUUAGUUUGUAAAGGAUGGCAGACUAGCCUGUUAAUUUGUUUAGUAUCUUCUGAAGUUUUUUUAUUACGGAGCUGGCUUACUUUCUGUACCGUGUAAAAGAACAUUUACAAGAUUGAUAAUUUACAUGAGAAUUAAUAUCAUAAACUCAGGGCAUAUAUGAAGUCCAUUCCUAACUAAAAAACCUCAAGCAGCUUAAGCAACUAUAAAAUAGAAAAGAACAAUGGAGGAUAAAUAUCCUUGUAUGAAAAUAGAGCCGUGUAGACGAGAAUUAAAAAUUAACAGCCAGCAAAUUCAACAAAAGAAACUUUGUUCUCCUUGAGGUAUGGUUAUGAUCAAAUAGUCAUCAGGGAAUAUUAAUCAAGGAAUUAAAGGGAAUCAGGAAUGCUAUUCUAUUGGAGGAAAUUACAUGUUACCAUUUCAAGGUCCCAUUUCAC